AUGCCCGUCCAAAAUGACGGUAGAGACGACGACAGUGUCACGCAUCGCGUCGUGCGCUACGUUUACCCCGGUUCGACGCCUCGAAACGGUCGAGUCAUCGACUUGGGUGAAAUAUCCGCCGCCGCCUGCGCGUCGCUCGAUGUCGACGCUUUGCUUCGCCGCGACGGCGUCGAGCUCGAGCGAUGGACGUACAGGGUGUACGACAACGAUUUAGAGGGGUGGCGUCUGUUGAUGGGUGAGGGGAUACCGCGGGCGUGUUGGUCCAAGGCGAACGCGGCGGCGGCCACGCGAUGCGAGCUCGCGUUGGAGGAACGGAGGUGCAGAGCGGUUCAGACGUGCUCGCCCUCGACGUCGGAAGUCACAGAGGGUGAGGGUGGCUGGGAUAGCGUGACGGCGCCGAGACCGGGUGCGCAGGACGGUUUCUUUGGGAUUGGAAUAUAUAACGGGAAGAAUGAAAACAACCUCGGUACGCUGUGGCGGACGUCGUAUCAACUCGGUGCCGCUUACGCGUUCGUGGUCGGUCGUCGGUUCAAGAAGGAGUCGUCGGACACAGCGAAUACGCAUCAACAUAUUCCCAUGUAUACGUACGAGGAUUGGAAUGACUUUCGGAGGAACACACCCUACGGCGCGGUGCUCGUGGCGGUAGAAAUGGGUGGCGAGCCGCUGGAGACAUUUGAGCACCCGAAGAAUUGCGUGUACGUACUAGGUAGUGAGGACACCGGUCUAAACACCAGCAUGCUCCGCGCGUGUCGUCACCACGUCGCAUUACCCGCAACUCGCACGGCGAGCUAUAACGUCGCCGUUACCGGCGCCAUUCUGAUGUAUGACCGCGAGAUAAAGCGUCGGGAGCGCGCUCGAGCCGCCGCCGCGCGCGCCGCGACGGCGACGCCGAAUCGUCGAGACGGCAUCGACAGCGUCAAACCUCACAAAGUCGGAUGA